GGCCAACCUGACAACCAGGAAAAGGAGGCAGCAGGGAGGAGUGUACAACUACACCUCAGCAGGUUCAGAGCCUCCACCCUCAAAGAGGAAACUUGUAGAGUUGUAAAGUUUCAGCUGCAUACGUGUGUUUGGUCACCCCCUCAACUCACCUGAACAGAUCCAGCCAUGAAGUGGUGCUCUUCCCAUCUUCCCAUCCUCCUCCUCCUUUCUGUCCUCAGCCUCUUCAUCAGCAGAGCAGCAGGAUUUAGGAUCUGCGCCUACAAUGUGCAGAACUUUAACCCAAGCAAAGCAAACAACUACCUGGUGUUACAUACCCUGACAAAGGUUGUAUCUCGCUGUGAUAUCUGUCUUCUGCAGCAUGUUGUGGAUCCAGAUAGCACAGCCAUCAAAACUGUGGUCGAAACACUCAACAGGUAUGACGAAUAUCAGUACCAGUCAGUGUCCAGUAAGAGUCUGGGAAAAUCUCCCGAUGACAUGCAGCAGUAUGUGUUCAUCUACAGGACAAACACAGUAAACAUGACGGGUCAACAUCAGUAUACGAAGAAGAACUCCUUCGUCAGAGAGCCAUUUGUCGUCCAGUUCCAAAGCAGCAACACAAAUAUCAAUGAGUUUAUUUUGGUUCCUCUCCACACUGACCCGGCAAAGGCUGUCCAGGAGAUCGACUGGCUCUACGAUGUCUUUGAGGAAGUCAGCACAAAGUGGAAUAACACUAACGUGAUGUUCCUGGGUGAUUUCCACGCCAGCUGCGCAUACGUGACCCGACAAGACCGGAAAAACAUCCGACUUUAUACAGACCCCAAUUUCUCCUGGCUGAUCGGAGACAGAGAGGACACCACCGUCACCGAUGAGACCAACUGUGCAUAUGACAGGAUUGUGGUCCAUGGACAAUCCUUCCUGAAAGAGAUUGUGCCAUUCUCUGGAAGAGUCUUCAACUUUGGCAGAAGAUUUAAGACGAGCAUGAAAAGGGUGUUGGAGCUCAGUGACCAUUUUCCAGUGGAGGUGAGACUAAAAGGCUCCGCCCUACACCUUCAGGCCACGCCCCUUCUGAGCCUCCUCGGUGUCUCUGUGAUCGUCUGGUCCUUCCUGCCGGAUCUGUGAUGAUCUGGUUUAAAUUCAGUCACUUCCUGUUUAUCUGCUCUCAUCAGUCUGGUCUCUUUUAACACAAACCAUGAGCCAGUAUGUUUAAAGGCAGCUUCGUCUGGUUUAAACAGGUACGGAUGAAUUUCCAGGUAAAAACGGAUCACUCUGGACUUUACAACUUGUUCUGACCUUCAGGUGGGUUGAGAAUAAAAUAUCUGCAUUUCUGCCAAAAAAAAAAAAAAAAGAAAUAUUAUUUUUACAAA